AUGGACCUUUCCAAAAAUAAAAAGAUGAAAUUAAUAUUAAAACAUGCAUUUACUGAUAAGUUGGUUGUGUUAUUGAGAUGUAUAUCGCGCCGAGAAGACCAACCAUGGCAGAAGCAUAGCAACGGCGAUAGUGACAGAAGCCCAGAUCAUCAUUCCAAAGAAUAUCCAGAGGGAUGGUCGUUCAGAAAUGAAGUUGAGUAG